AUGGAGGAAAAACUUGAUGAAUCAACUUUACCAGGUAACGAAGCCUUAUUAUUAGCUUACGUACGAUUCGUAAAAGAAGAAAAGAUUUGCCAAGAAUUAUUAUUUGCUAAAAACUUGAUGACUGACACAAAAGGAGAAUCAAUAUAUCACACAUUGGAAGAGUUUUUUAAAGAAAAAGAAAUUCCUAUGUGUAAUAUCUUAUCAGUUGCGACCGAUGGUGCUCCAGCCAUGGUAGGGUGCCAUCGAGGUUUUAUUGCAUAUUUGAAAAAAACUGUACCAAAUGUACUCGCUGUACAUUGUGUCAUUCAUCGACAACAUUUAGUUGCCAAAAAUUUGAGUGAACGCUUACAUAAGUCAUUACAUUAUGUAAUUUCAGCUAUCAAUAAAAUCAAAAAUAAUUCAUUGAAUGAUAGAUUGUUUGGACAACUUUGUACUGAAAAUGAUGAAGAAUUCAAUCAAUUAUUAUUUCACACAGAAGUUCAAACCAUAGAUUCUGCAAAAUUAGAAGAAGAAUUGAUAGAAGUAACUACAAAUGAGGAAUUAAAAUUAAAGUUCAAGGAAGGUUACCAAAUAUUCUGGCUACAAAAGCAGAUACCUAUACUUUAUCCUGGAUUGUGGGCUGUUGUACAAACAUUUCUGAUCGCAUUUCCAUCAUCCUACUUGGUUGAACGUGGAUUUAGUGCAGUAACCAAUCUACUCACUAAAAAAAGACAACGGUUACAAAUAACUAAUCGUGGGGACUUAAGAAUGCUGCUUACGAAAAUCGAACCUAAUAUCAACGAACUUCUAGCAAAACACCAACCACAUCCAUCUCAUUAA